AUGACAGAUCAAGAUAUUAUCAAUCUUCGUUCAGCCGAUCCGUUCGCCGAUGUAACAAGGAAAAGUGCAUUGGAUAGUGGAGUUAGUGCUGCUGCUGGUCAACGUAGCUCCAAUGUAAUACAUAUACGUAUUCAGCAACGUAAUGGAAAGAAAACAUUAACUACUGUUCAGGGUAUUGGUGAAGAGUUUGAUAAAAAACGUCUUCUAAGCGCAUUCAAAAAGAAAUUUGCGUGUAACGGUACUGUUGUUGAACAUCAAGAAUAUGGCGAAGUAAUUCAACUUCAAGGUGAUCAACGUAUGCACGUUAGUCAAUUUCUCCAGGACAUCGGACUUUGUCAAGCUGACCAAAUCAAAGUUCACGGCUUCUAA